UUGCGGGUUUCAGAGCCACUAGCUGCACAGUGUGAGAUUUCAAUCCGCCAUUGUCUCUCCUUGUGUUCUUCGGAGGGUGAUGACUGAACGAAGACUGACAGUGUUGCAGAAUGUGAUGGCAUAGGAGGGGGCAUGAUCCCUCCCGCCUCUGCUGCAACACUGACACAGUUACUGUCACUUUGAUUCCUUCCCACGCGUCUCGCUGUCCAUGUGUUGAUCCUGCUAUUUUAUUUUGGGCUUGUUUUCUUUUCUUUGCUCCCCCUCCUUCUUCCCUUCCUGCUUCGUAGUUCAAUUUGUGGCACUGGUGCGUGUUACCUUUUGCUUUUUUGGCUUCCUUUCGGCAAUGGCUAUGACAAAUUAGCAAUUCAAAGUAUUUUUCUCUGUUUUCAUCUGUUCUCUUUUUCACUUGCGCCAGAAGAAUAAUAAACUUUAAUCCUCAGCGCCAUUUUCAACCUUUAGUACUAAGUUCAUGCAUGGUCACAUGCUGCACUCUUGGCUCUCAUGCAAAUGUUGCAUAUGCUUUUCAUGUGGAUUCCUGCAACAUGGCCGGAUUCCUUCACCUAGAGCUGUUCGUGGCAUCCUCGAACUCUCCCAGUGAUCGCAUAAAGAAAUGAAAAGAUGCUCAUUGUCUGUGCCUCUAUUUAAUUCCUUCUCCUCGCGCAGAGAUGCUGUUGUGGCGUCACAGGUGAUUCGAUCCUUUGACAGGCGGACUUCGAUUUGAGGAAUGUGCAGUAAUGUCCAGAUCUUAACGACCUUGCGACUAGAAAAUAUGGCAGACGCCAUUAACUACUAAGGGAGGUCGCCUGGUGUCAGUUUGCUGCGAAGCUGGGAAACACAAGAUCUCUCCUUCCGAUUACAUCUCUUGGUCAUUUUCUCAUACAAGUGGAAGUCAUCUUCUAUAAGUGUGCCUGACAGUUUAGCUUCAAAGAGUUGGUAUUGCUGAUACGAAUGCUCGUGUUCUCUCAAUAGAGUCAAUACAAGUGAAGAAGUGCAUGCUCGGAAGACAGAAGUGAAGAGAAGGUGCACACAUUUUGUUUGUCUCGCUAUGAAGUUCAUGAAGCUUGGAUCAAAGCCUGAUUCUUUUCAGGGUGAUGAGAAGGAUCAAAGGUUUGUAGCUUCUGAGUUAGCUGCUGAUAUCAUUGUUCAUGUCGGCGAAGUAAAAUUCCACUUGCACAAGUUUCCCUUGUUGUCCAAGAGUUAUCUCCUGCAGAAGCUGCUAAUGGCUUCCAAUGAUGACAAGGUCGAUGAGAUUUGCAUCACUGAUAUCCCUGGUGGAGCUACAGCUUUUGAAACUUGUGCAAAAUUUUGCUAUGGAAUGACUGUAACACUCAAUGCUCACAAUGUAGCCGCCACUCGAUGUGCAGCUGAGUACUUGGAGAUGCAUGAAACAGUUGAGAAAGGGAAUCUUGCAUACAAAAUUGAAGUCUUCCUCCGGACUAGCAUAUUUCGUAGUUGGAAAGAUUCGAUCAUAGUUCUUCACACAACAAGGUCUCUUCUACCCUGGGCCGAGGACUUGGAAUUGAUCACUCACUGCAUAGAUUCUAUUGCCUCCAAUGCUUGUGUUGAUACUUCUAAAGUGGAAUGGUCAUACACCUACAACAGAAAGCAGCUUCUAUCUGAAGUUCUUAAUCCACAACAAUGGAAUGGAGUUAGAAAACAGAACCAAGUGCCAAAGGACUGGUGGGUGGAGGACCUGUUCGAACUCCAAGUCCACUUCUUUAAGAAGAUAAUAUUGGCCAUUAGUGCUAGAGGCAGAAUGUCCUCUCAGGUGAUUGGAGCUGCACUGGAAGCUUAUACCUGUCAUAGAUUAUCGAGUUUAGGCAGAGAAUCAAUGAGAAAGGGAGGUGAUAGCAUGACCACUUCAUUUGUGGAGACUGUGAUUUCACUGCUGCCCUUAGAGAAGGGUUCUGUCUCAAGCAAAUUCCUUCUGAGGUUACUGAAAGUUGGAAAUUUGUUGAGUAUUGGCGAAACUGGCAAGAAGGAACUAACAAAGCGAAUAGGGCGCCAAUUAGAAGAUGCUUCAGUUCGUGAUCUUCUAAUCCCUGCGUCCGCGGAGAGUGCGAUGUAUGACAUAGACAUGAUUCUCAGUUUAGUAGAAGAAUUCAACUGCUCUGCUUUGGCUUCCGGGAAUUCAAGAACUGUUGUAGCAAAGCUAGUGGACGGCUAUCUUCUUGAGGUAGCACAAGAUCCCAAUUUGCCUCUUUCCAAAUUCGUUGAUCUUGCUGAGCUUGUACCAAAUGAACUAAGACCUCUGCACGAUCAGCUUUAUCAUGCCAUUGAUGCUUAUCUCAAGGGGCAUCCAGCGCUCGGCAAGAGAGAGAGGAAACGGCUGUGCGGUCUCUUGAACUGCAAGAAGCUCUCGGUGGACGCUUGCGCGCAUGCUCUGCAGAACGAGCGCCUGCCGUUACGGAUGGUGGUGCAGAUCAUGUACGUCGAGCACAUGCGCGUGUCGAUUUCUAUGGCCAGCUGCCAGGGUGGAUGCUCAAGGUCAGCCAUGGCGACCGAAACUCAAGAUGCACCUGUUGAUUCAAGCGGCGAUGACGGUCGAAGUAUCAACAAUGGCAAGACGACGAGAGGCAUGGUGCUACCGAAGAAAAUCCUCAAGAAGCUGUUGUCGAGCACAGGACAAUCAGGAGAGAACAAUGGCUCCUCGGAUGCCUCAGGAAGUCCGAUCUUGGCCAACCCGGAGAAGCAGAAGCUCACGCCUCCGAGGAAGGCAAGGCACUCGGUCUCCUAGCUGAGCAUCGCCAUUGCUGAUGAGCCAAGCAAACACUGCGAGAGAAUUUUGUCACCUCUCUGAAGUUUUGACGGAUCUAGCUCAAGCUAGGCGCUGUCCAAUUCUCGAGGCUAAAAUUCUGUUUUAAAAAAUAAAAUAAAAUCAAAUCAACGCAGUGUACUGAUAAAUUCUCUGAUUAUAUUUAUGAACGAGCCUUGGCACAUUCACCAACACUCCUCCAGACUAGUCACUGCCUGCCCCUUCUUUUCACUCACAAGAUUUAUCCUUUGUUUAUUGCC